AUGGCAAUGUUGGACAUUGCUGGGCAACCCUGGCAUCUAGCAGUUCAAGCUGAAGAGAUCCUAUGCAACAUACACUGGAUUGGAGAUUGGAACAAGUUCUGCACUGAUGGUUUUCCGACCGCAGCUUGCGACGCAGAAGAUGGUAAAGUCGAUGAUGGGGAUAGAGAUGCAGUCUGGCAACCUGCAAUUGCAUCUCCAGCUGCUUCAGAGCCGCAGCCUCAUGUCAAACAGCUCUACCAAUUUGCAGCCAAACUUUGCCGGAUAGUUCCUGGGUUGCCUAUGAAUGGUCGUUCAGGUCCCUCGAACAAUCGAGUCACGUCCACACCAACGACCAAGCUGCAACACCAAGCACUUCAAUGCCAGGCAUGCAUCCAUGCCAAGGUUAAGCCUCAGCCAGUGAAAGCAUCUUUGCACUUGCAAGCGCUUCAGCCCUCUUCUCCGCAAGCUGCUUGGCAAUGUGAGCUCGGAGCUCCUGCACGCGCUGUUGGAUCGAAGCAAAGCAGCCAACUUCAUACGCGCCAGCCCAGCGGACAAAAUGAGGGCCCGGGCUCAGAGUGUCUGGAUCAGGUAGAUCAGGUUCCCGUGGUGACAUGCACGGACAGGAAGUCCCACGAGUGCCCUGCGCCCUUGACGCAGCAGCAACGCCGCGCCGCCUCGCAGCGCCGACAGGCGGAACAGGAGAAGCUCCGCAGGUAUGCUGAAGGCUUGCCAGCCGAGACCGUGGAGGAUGCAAAAGACGGCGACCCACGCGGCCGUUCCAGCGCGUCCGCGCCGCCGAACCGCGCACGGCCGCCGCUCUUGCCGAGCCUGGAGCGGCGGAAACCAGAGGAGAGCCGGGAGCGUGACACUGGGGCCCAAGCGAACCGCGAGGGCGGAAGCCGCGGCAGCCGCCGUGGAAGCCGCGGCCGCUCCAGCAUUUCGCCCUCGCCCAGUGUGGUCUCGCUGCCCGAUAUCGAGACGGGCCUGGUGGCGGGAAGCGCCCAGGUAGCGGUGGUCGGGCUCGCACCCGCGGGCCCUGCGAGCCCGACCCUGGAAGUGCUACCAGCACUGGAGGCGGAACUACCCGAAGCGGUCGAGGAGUUGGCAUCACCGAGCGUCGCCAUGCAAGAGCCGGGCGCUUCGUGUGACAUGUUUCACUCAGAUCAGGUGGCAGAGAAGGCUGAUGCAAGUUUAGCUGCAUCGAUUGGGUCAAUGAACAGUGUAUCAGGCUACGUGCAACUGGAUGAGCCUGAUGUGCACGUACGUAUUCAAUGUAGUGACGAUGAAUUUGCAGUCGAAAUCAGAACUGAUUAG